AUGAAUAGUUUAGUUACCAAUAGAAAAGAACUCACUGAAUUUGAACGUGGAAAAAUCAUUGCACUUUCAGAAAAAGAACAAUCAGUGCGUAAAAUAUCAAAUGACCUUGGAUAUCCUAAGUCUACUGUUCAAGAUACAAUUUCUCGUUAUAAGACUAAAGGAGACACCCAUAGCGCUCUCUGA